UUUGUGAUUUCGUGCCCUCCUCCCGCCCGGCCGGCCUCUGUCCCGCGAUUCAGUUCCGAUUCGAUAUUUCAUCCCGAUUGUGUUAUCUUCCCGGGAACGAGGAAGUUUACGUGGUCGUGUUGACGUGGCGGUAUCCAACGGAUUAGGAUGCUGAGGUCAUUGUUCGUGGCUUUGGCCGUUUCGGCCGUAUUUGCCGGGGUGCCGACUCCUGAAGAAACGAAGAGGAUAAUGGAUCGACUGUCGGAGGCUGAACAUUUUAAGAAUGAACACCAUAACAAGCAGUUUGAUCACGAUGCCUUUUUAGGUGAAGAUCAGGCGAAGACAUUCGAUCAGCUCCCCCCUGAGGAAAGCAAAAGGAGACUAGGAAUCAUCGUUGACAAGAUUGACGGUGACAAAGAUGGGUUUGUGACGCUAGUGGAACUGAAGGAUUGGAUCAGGUACACUCAGAAACGGUACAUCAAUGAGGAUGUCGACAGGCACUGGAAGCAGCACAACCCUACCAAUGAUGAUGUCAUUCCUUGGGAGGCAUACAGGAAAAAUGUCUAUGGCUUUAUGGAUGAGAUGGACCCUAAAGAACUCAAGCUGCCCAACAGUGAAGGAUUUACUUACACCAACUUGUUGAAGAGAGACCGAAGAAGGUGGACUUACGCUGAUGCUGACGAAAACGACGCGUUGAACCGCACGGAGUUCGCGGCGUUCCUUCACCCCGAAGACCACUCGGAAAUGAGGGAUGUCGUCGUGCUCGAAACUAUGGAAGACAUCGAUAAAGAUCAUGACGGCAAGGUGUCCUUAGACGAGUACAUCGGCGACAUGUACAAGCCAGAAGAUGGAGAGGAUGAAGAGGAACCUGACUGGGUCAAGCAGGAGAGAGAACAGUUCCAUGGAUACAGAGACACAGACAAAGACGGCUUCAUGGAUGAACACGAAGUCAAGGACUGGAUCGCCCCUCCUGAAUUCGACCACGCCGAGGCCGAAGCAAGGCAUCUAGUCUUCGAGGCAGACACUGAUGCUGACGAAAAACUCACCAAGACAGAGAUCUUAGACAAAUACGACCUCUUUGUUGGCUCCCAAGCCACAGACUUCGGCGAAGCACUGGCACGUCAUGAUGAAUUUUAAAUUUAGAAGUCAAUAAAAAAAAAGUUUUAAAUAAGAAGAUUCUAUUGAAACAAUCUCAACCUAGUUUUAGGAUACGUCUUCCAUUCAUGUUGUCCGUCAUUCAUUUCAUACAUUGCGAUCUUAAUUUUUAUGAAGAUAAAUAUUUUGUAAAUUGGCAAAGUAGCAAUAAGCAGCUAAAGAUGGCCAGUAAAUGUUUCUGAGUAAAUUAAAACGUGAUAAAUGUAUUUUGAAGCUGGUAACACAGAUUUAAAUUGAAGGAGAAUUUUAUCUAAAUAAUAUGUUGCAUAUGCAAGUGAAACGCCUACUCUGUAAUUUGAAUGAACUUUCAGCCAUAUAAUUCUAGAAUCUCUGUGUGGCAUUAAACUUUAUGUAAUAACUUAGAUUUUAAGUAUUAGUUUCUAACAACAAAGCCAAAGUUAUGUUCCAGUGAUGAUUGAUACAAUAUUUUCGAAAUUGAAAUAAUAUGUCUUUCUCUUAAUUUACGUAUAUGUGCAUUUAUUAAACGUCGAGUUUUAUUAUAAGUAUUUAUGGGAGAAAUGUAGUAUGUUUUGAAGGCUGCUUUGAUUUUCAUAUUAUUUAAUAAUAUUUAAAUUAUCUAACAUUCCUUUUUAACAUUUCCGAAUACUACAUUUCUUCUUACUUUAUUAUAAGUGAUUGGUACUUACUAAACUUUAAAAAGAGUUUUAGCUAGGCAUAAAAGCAAUAAAUUCUAUAUUAUGUAUUUUAAUAACGUUGUGUUCAUAAUUUGUAAAAAUGGAUCUGCCAAGUACAAUAAUGUAUUAACUAUGUAACGACAGCUUACCCCUAUAUUCAUAUGAAAUAAAUAUUUUUUUCGACUA